UCGUCAUCAUCAUCAUUUCAUCAUCUUCUUCCUCCCCACUAAAAUUUGUAGUUAAAAAGAAAAAUCUGUCCAAUUCCCAAUGCUGAGAAGAAAGCUUUUGGAGCUAAAAGAAAAACCACAGAAAUAGAAAGAGAAAGAGAAAGAGAAAGAGAAAGAAAAUUUUCAAUUCGAUUCACGAGCUCUGAUCAUCAUCAUCAAUCGAUCAAUCAAUCAAUCAAUCCACCGCCUCUUUUUAGAAACCCUAGAAACCCCGAUUUGAUUUUUACUCCAAGUAGACAGAUGAUAAAGGAAUUUCUCAGUGUGUGAUCUUACAAAUAAAUUUCUCUUUGUUGCUUUGCUGAUAAAUUAAAGGCAGUGAAGUUUGGUAAACUUUCACGUGCUCUGUUCUUUCCCCCUUCCCCCACUCCCACAUUUCACUGGCUCUCCUCUCGCCACAACAUCAAUCAGUUUCUUCUUCCUUCUCGAUUUUCCCUUUUCUUUACGUACUGCUUCGGGAAUUUCUUUCCCACGAAGCGGAUUCAUAUAAUUCUCACAACAAAUGGAUCGCUCCGCACUUACUGUUGGACCAGGAAUGGACAUUCCCAUCAUGCACGAUAGCGAUCGUUAUGAGCUUGUGCGCGACAUUGGCUCUGGAAACUUCGGUAUUGCUAGAUUGAUGAGGGAUAAGCAAACUGGAGAGCUCGUUGCCGUCAAGUACAUCGAGAGAGGUGAGAAGAUAGAUGCAAAUGUGAAGCGAGAGAUAAUAAACCACAGAUCUUUAAGACAUCCUAACAUUGUCAGAUUCAAAGAGGUGAUCUUGACCCCAACUCAUCUUGCAAUUGUAAUGGAAUAUGCAUCUGGUGGAGAGCUCUUUGAACGGAUCUGCAAUGCUGGACGGUUCAGCGAGGAUGAGGCACGUUUCUUCUUCCAACAACUUAUAUCUGGUGUUAGCUAUUGUCAUGCAAUGCAAGUAUGUCAUCGUGAUUUGAAAUUGGAGAAUACGUUGCUGGAUGGAAGUCCUGCUCCUCGUUUGAAGAUUUGUGAUUUUGGAUACUCAAAGUCUUCUGUGCUGCAUUCACAGCCAAAAUCAACGGUUGGGACCCCUGCAUAUAUUGCUCCUGAGGUGUUGCUUAAGAAAGAGUAUGAUGGCAAGAUUGCAGAUGUGUGGUCGUGUGGGGUGACCUUAUACGUCAUGUUGGUCGGUGCAUACCCCUUUGAGGACCCUGAGGACCCAAAAAACUUUCGAAAAACAAUUCAGAGAAUCCUAAAUGUACAAUACUCAAUUCCCGAUUACGUUCUUAUCUCUCCCGAGUGCCGCCAUCUGAUCUCUAGGAUUUUUGUUGCCGACCCAACUAAGAGGAUUACAAUUCCGGAGAUAAGGAAUCAUGAGUGGUUUCUGAAGAAUCUUCCAGCCGACCUUGUAGAUGAAAACACAAUAAACAGCCAAUACGAAGAGCCCGAUCAACCAAUGCAAACCAGUGAAGAGAUCAUGCAGAUAAUAGCUGAAGCUGGGCUUCCUGCUGCAGGGACACAGAGUCUCAACCAAUACCUUACCGGCAGCCUUGACAUCGAUGAUGACAUGGAAGACGAUGAAGAGAGCGAUGCUGAUCUUGACCUCGAUAUCGACAGCAGUGGAGAAGUUGUUUAUGCAAUGUAAUUGUUGAUAGGAUUGAAAAGGACAAACUAAAACACACAUUUGUAGAAUACACUUGGACGAUGAAGACUGAAGAGAUCUCAAGACCAUAGUAUAGAGAGGUUUAUCAAUAGAAUUGUGAACCGUGAACUGAGUCAGUGAAUCCAUCUGUUCCUAUAUAUAUAUUAGCUUUUCCUUGGUUUGGGGUUUUAUUGAUCACCUUUUAUAAGUGCUUUCUCUG